AUGGCACCCUCUUCCUCCCCCAACGAGUCCAUCGGGGAUGCAUCCCUAUACUUUAUGCUUUGGAUGAUUCUUCCAAAUACCCUCACUGGGUUUCUGCAGUCUACCUUUUACAAGUUCAAGUAUUCGCCGGGCUCGGCUCCCCAGCCGGGAUCUGCAAAAUACAAGAAACAUCACAAAAUCUUCUACGUCCUUGUUGUUGGAUCUUACCUGCUAUUUUGCAUUCUUCAGGCGGUACUGAUGCUUCCCCAGAACUACUACUCGGAAUUUUCACUUCCAACCAGCGCCCCUGUCAAGGAAAUCCGAGCUAAAUUCAGAAAGUUUACUCUCCAAUAUCACCCAGAUAAAAAUCCAUCUCCAGAGGCUGAAACCACGUUUAUACACUUGAAAAAAAUUUAUGAAGUAAUCACACAUCCGAUUACCAAGAAGGCUUAUGAAAAAUUUGGCUCUUCAAAAGUUGACUCCUGUUCUCAUUGCAUUCUUUUCAAAGAUUAUAUUUAUUCGUCCACAAUGGAGACCAUUGCCAACUACAUUGCAUCUGGAGUUAUCUUGUUUCUACUGGUCAUUUUUAACACGGGAGCAUUUUCGCAGUAUUUUCGCGUCGUUACGUACUUUUCGAUGAUGGUCCUUGAAGCAAACAUGCUUUUUUUGCCCUACGAUCCGAUAUACUGGUUCUUCCCUCAUUUGACUGUUUCAGAGAAGCUUAUUGUGCUCCAUCAAUGGUGCAUUUAUUUCUUCAUGGCAAUCAAUAACUUUGGACCCUUGUUCGCCGAAUCGGACGAGAAUGACGAAAAAUCUAUUUCAAAGGCACUUGCCUCCCUGUCCUCCUCUUCAUCUGUCAUUGAAAAAGACCUGAAAAAAGGUCUGAAGGCAGAGAUGUUUUCUUUUGCCACCGAUCCGGAAAAGCUUUCUCUUCUUCGAAAGCAGAUGGAGAAAAUCUCUGCUGGCGAGUGGGACGCCCAGCGCGAAAAGAUGGCAGCCCCUGCGGCUGUUCUGAAAAAAAACCUCCCCAAACGGGAUUAG